AGCUUUGGGGAGAAAGCAUGCCGAGAUACACAGUGCACGUCCGAGGAGAAUGGCUGGCAGUGCCGUGCCUGAACUGUACGAACACGAUCGGGUGGCUGGGAAGGGAAGCCGUCAGACGGUACAUGAAAAACAAACCCGACAACGGGGGAUUCGCCUCGGUGGAAGAAGUGAAAUUUUACAUUCGGAGGUGCAAGGGACUUGGCUUGCUGGAUCUUGACGAUACAGUGGAGGAUGCUCUAGAGGACAAUGAAUUUGUUGAAGUUGUUGUAGAAGGAGAUAUAAUGUCUCCAGAUUUCAUACCAUCUCAGCCAGAAGGAGUUCAUUUAUACAGCAAAUACCGAGAACCGGAACAGUAUAUUUCCUUAGAUGGCAACAGCUUAACAACGGAGGACUUGGUCAAUUUAGGAAAGGGGCUCUACAAGAUAAAGCUCACACCUGAAGCUGAAGCUAAAGUCAAACAAUCACGAGAAGUGAUUGAACGGAUUGUAAAGGAACAAACAGUUGUUUAUGGAAUCACCACCGGCUUUGGAAAGUUUGCCAGGACUGUCAUCCCGAACAGUAAGCUGAGAGAGCUUCAAGUGAACUUGGUUCGUUCGCAUUCUGCAGGUGUGGGGAAACCUUUGAGCCCAGAGAGAUCUCGCAUGCUGUUGGCGCUGAGGAUCAAUGUCCUAGCAAAAGGAUACAGUGGAAUAUCCCUAGAAACGCUCCAGCAAGUUAUUGAAGCAUUUAAUGUGUCCUGCCUUCCUUAUAUCCCUGAGAAAGGGACAGUUGGAGCCAGCGGAGACUUGGCCCCCCUCUCUCAUCUUGCCCUGGGAUUAAUUGGAGAGGGAAAGAUGUGGUCCCCAAAGAGUGGCUGGGCUGAUGCUAAAUAUGUCCUGGAAGCCCAUGGUCUGAGACCAAUUACCUUGAAACCAAAAGAGGGUCUGGCUCUCAUUAAUGGGACGCAAAUGAUCACCUCGCUGGGAUGUGAAGCGGUUGAAAGAGCUGGUGCUAUUGCUAGGCAAGCUGAUAUAAUCGCUGCCCUUACACUUGAAGUCUUGAAGGGUACAACAAGGGCCUUUGACACUGAUAUCCACGCAGUGCGCCCACAUCGAGGGCAGGCUGAAGUGGCAUUUCGAUUCAGGUCCCUUCUAGAUUCUGACCAUCAUCCAUCAGAAAUAGCAGAGAGCCAUAGAUUCUGUGACCGAGUUCAGGACGCAUACACAAUGCGCUGCUGUCCUCAGGUCCACGGAGUUGUAAAUGAUACAAUUGCUUUUGUGAAGGACAUCAUGACAACUGAAAUUAAUAGUGCCACGGACAACCCUAUGGUGUUUGCUGAAAGAGCAGAGACCAUUUCUGGAGGAAAUUUUCAUGGUGAAUAUCCUGCAAAGGCUUUAGACUAUUUGGCAAUUGGUGUGCAUGAACUCGCUGCAAUUAGCGAAAGAAGAAUUGAGAGGCUCUGCAAUCCCUCGCUCAGCGAACUGCCUGCAUUUUUAGUCACUGAAGGAGGUCUGAACUCUGGCUUCAUGAUUGCACACUGCACAGCAGCUGCCCUGGUUUCUGAGAACAAAGCCUUGUGCCACCCCUCCUCUGUGGAUUCUCUCUCAACCAGUGCUGCUACAGAGGAUCACGUGUCCAUGGGAGGAUGGGCUGCCAGAAAAGCUUUGAGAGUUAUUGAACAUGUGGAACAAGUUCUGGCUAUCGAGCUGCUCGCAGCCUGCCAGGGCAUUGAAUUCCUACGCCCUCUGAGAACAACAACCCCAUUGGAGAAGGUCUACGACCUUGUGCGCUCCGUUGUGAGGCCGUGGAUGAAGGAUCGCUUCAUGGCCCCAGACAUUGAAGCAGCUCACAGGCUGCUCGUGGAGCAGAAGGUGUGGGAAGUGGCUAAACCUUACAUUGAAAAGUACAGGAGGGAACACAUCCCUGAAUCAAGACCUGUUUCACCAACAGCCUUCUCCCUGGGAUCACUGGAAAUGGAUACAAGUGUUGGUCAUGACCACAGGCAUCAGAAUGAACUUUAAGAGUUGCGGUCCUCUG